CGGCUGAGAACCACACGGCGAGCCACUCGUGUCGAUUAUCGGUCGUUGCGUUUAUCAAUGUCAGCGUCCAUCAAGAACCUUGCAUGGGAGAUCUCCAAGCUGGAGGCUGCCUGCGGCUACUAUGUCUCCAUUCGCAAGGCACGGCUGCUGAAGAAGACCCGCAAGGUGCGGAGGGAGAGAACAGAAGCACUUGCUCCGCUGUGGGAGGAAAAGCAGCGCCAGAAGCGUGCGCAGGCCGAGCAAGCGGCCGCCCAACGUGGCAGCGAGGAUGGCAGCGAGGAUGGCGAGAGCGAGACCGAGACCGAGAGCGGGAGCGAGGCAAAGCCGGCUGCGCCAAAGGCAGCGAGCGCGUCGGGCUCGGACACGGGCUCGGACACGGGCUCGGGCUCGGGCUCGGCCUCAAACUCGCAGUCGGGCAGCUCGUCGAGCGGAUCGUCGAGCUCAAGCUCGAGCUCUGGUUCGGGUUCGGGCGCGGGCACUGGGCCUCUGGCCGGAAAGAAGACCGGAGGAGACGGCGAUGGCAGUGGGUCGGGAUCCGAGUCGAGCGGGAGCAAGGAGACGCGGCGGGCGCUGCUGCUGGCCGAGGCCAAGCGGGUGCGGGAAGAGUACUACGCGAACCGGAAGAAGCUCGCCGAGCUCCGGCGGAUCCGUGCGGCGCAGCGGGCGUUUACAGGACUCACGCGGCUGUGGGCCGGCAUCAAGUCCGGCAUGUCCAAGGCCAAGGUCAAGCUCAUCCGCAAGAUCAAGAAGUUGCGCAAGGAAAAGGCUGCUGCCACGGAGCUGGCCAAGCAGGAGGCCCGACUCGAGGCGCUCAAGGCCGCCAGCACCGGCUCGGUCUUCCAGGCUUGGACCCGCCGCGAGAAGCUCAAGAAGCUGCUCUCCGCCAAGCUGACGUGGUACCCCAGACCACACGGCGCUAACGUGACCCGCGACGCCAAGAAGUUUGUUGGCACUAUCAUCGACGUUGUGGCGGGCGAGGUCAACAAGGUUGCUCGCAACCACGGGUACGCCAUCGACAGCGCGCCGCAGGCGCCAGCUACCAUCCUUGAGCUGGUGGCGUCGCGGCCCGAGGCGGCGAAUGCCAAGGCCGAGCUCAUCGGCCUGCUUGACGAAGAGUACGCCCAGGUUGUCCACGCCUCGUCAGGUGGCAAGGUUGUGGUCGACGAGCCGGCCGAGGCCGAGCGCCGCCCGCCGCCCGUUCCGGUCUUUGACGACGGCGAGCCGAUCGACGACGGUCUGUUUGUGGCCUCACUCGCCGCCGCAGCUGGCCCGCCGCAGUCCAAGCGCAAGCGCACCCACACCGCAGAGUCUAGCGAGCCCGGCGCCGAGCCGCCGGCCAAGAAGAAGAGGAAGAAGAACCGCAUGGGUCAGCGUGACCGCCAGCGCAUGGCCGAGGCCAGGUUUGGCGAGAAUGCCAAGCAUGUCCAGCGCCAGGCCGAAGAGUAUGAGCGCCGGCAGCGCAAGUUCCAGCGCCGCGCAGAGGCCGCCCAGCGUGCCGAGCUGGCCGCCCAGGCCAAGGCCAAGGCCCAGGCCCAGGCCAAGCCGGCCAAGCCGCCGAAGAAGCUGCAUCCGUCGUGGGAGGCCAAGAAGGCUCGCAAGGCCGCCGUCACCCACAUCGACACCGCGCCGGCCAACCCCAAGGUGGUCAAGUUUGACGAUGACGACGAGUGAGACCGAUUGCAGGUAAAGGUGCUGCCUACCGAG